AUGGAAUCCAAGCCACACUGCUUGAUCACUAUGGGUAUGGCCGGCUCAGGCAAAACUACUUUUGUAAGAAAGUUGUAUUCAAUUCUCAAAGUUAAAGGCUUUAAUGUCUACACAAUAAACCUGGAUCCAGCUAUCCGCAAGCUUUCAUUUCCAGCAAAUCUUGACAUAUGUGACGCAAUAAAUUUCAAAAAACUCAUGCAAGAGUACUCCUUGGGCCCAAAUGGAGCCAUUAUCACAGCUCUUAACCUUUUUGCCACAAAAUUCCACGAAGUCAUUGACCUGAUUUCAACCAAAACAGAUAUUCACUACAUCCUUAUAGACACUCCAGGACAAAUUGAAGCAUUUUCAUGGUCAGCAUCAGGGACAAUAAUCACAGACUCAUUGGCAUCAGUUUUCCCUACAAGUAUGCUAUAUGUUGUUGACACUCCUCGAUGCACAAAUCCCAAUUCAUUCAUGUCAAACAUGCUAUAUGCGUCUUCAAUUUACUAUAAAACCAAACUUCCGAUCAUGAUUGUUUUCAAUAAAACUGAUGUAGAAGCUUGGGAAUUUGCCCAUGAAUGGAUGACAGACUUUGAAAGCUUUAUGCAGAGCAUAGAUGAAAUCAGCAAUGAAAGUUAUUUGGCAAGCAUGAACAGGUCACUUGCAUUGGUACUUGAUGAGUUUUAUAAUGAACUUCCUGCAGUAGGGUUAAGCUCUUUUACAGGCUUCGGGUUUGAUAUUUUUGUUCCUUUGCUGGAGACUAGUAAAAGAGAGUAUAUGAACUCGUAUAGCAACUGAAAUAUUUUAGAUCAUUAUUGGCCAUCAUUUUAAUUUUCAAUAUUAAUUUAUACUUGUCAGCUUUUUUGAAAAGUUAAAAAGAAUAUGGCAAGUCUCCGCUUAUAGUUUUAAGAUCCCUAAUCAGGCUUAGACGGUAUAAGCAGGUGGCCUUUACCAUAUUUUUUCUGGUCGGCAUUCUGCUGGGGUAUAGCGAUCUAUUAUGGUGCAUAAAUUAUAUUUGCCUGAAUUAGAGGCAAAAAGAAAGGCGGUUGAGGAAAAGCGUGUGAGCAAUAAUUUGGCAAGGAUGGAAGAAGAUGGAGAAGACAUGGCACCAAUUAAUGAGUUGCUAGAUCAACUGAAGGUAAAUGAUAAAAAAUAA